AGAUAUAAACCAUGUUGCGGCAAGUGCUAUUAUUCGCAGUCUUCCUACAGACGGGCAAAAAUGUUUUGGUCCACUCCGCAAAACAGCAAGUCCAGCUCUCAGACUCGUAUCUGCCCGUCGCGAUGCAGAUCAUUGCACAUCUAACGGACCAGAUGUCGUUCGAGGUCAAGGACGACGUCCCCCAGAAACCCCCAUCCACCACCCCCAAACCGCUCGAUCUCACCACAAAACACCACAAACCGGGCUUAUACUCCCCGUCAUCACCGCCCAAACCUUCCGACCGGCUGCACCAAAAAACCGAACCAUUCGUGCUUCUACCAGUCGAGCAACACUCCCAAUACACGCUAAUACAGCCCCAAGAGACGAACACAGAAGAAACAUUAUUGUCUGCACACAACGAGCAGGUCAAACCCAUCAUGGAGCCAGCGCCUAGUGACCCUCACUUGCUCCCACCUUAUGAUGAUCUCAAAGUAUCUAGUCGGUCUGGUGAUGAUGAUAUCGAUGAAGAAAACUUGCAGUAUCUAUCACCGAACGUGAGAGAUAUGAUCAGGAUGGCCAGGGAUCCAGAUGAUGAUAGGGUUGUGGAUAUCUGGGAAGGUUUAAGGGCCAACCCAGCUGAACCUUCCUCGAAGGGAAAACUCUCGUCGUCCAAUUUGAGACUCUUGCUUCUAUAUGAUCUAUUGAGCCGGGAUGCGAAGAGACAACGACUGUCGGAUUAUAGCGGUUUCUCCCCCGAUGUGAUGAAGACGCUAGUAGAAUCGUCGAGCGGCGGCGCGCGCGCACAGCUCAAAAUGGCGCUCUCUAAGAUGGUGGAACGUCACGACUGCGGGCACGACUACGCUAACAAUAGAGCCAAGGAAAUGGUCGCUGAAUUGGCCAAGGACGACUCCACAUUGUCAUCAGAACUGAGAUAUUUGCAACCCCUCGUGUACAAGUAUUAGGUUGUGACGGCGAUCGUGGACUGGCGUGUAUUUAAACCCAUAUACAUGACUUACUUUUAAGCUAUAACAUAGUAAAAGUACAACUUACAACUAUAACAAUA